UGGGUGUUCAUUCCAUUGGGCCCCCUCUCUAGGAUGAAUCAACGGGAGAGAUCACGUUUUACAUGAAGGGAGCGGAUGUUGUCAUGGCUGGCAUCGUGCAGUACAAUGACUGGCUGGAGGAAGAGUGUGGAAACAUGGCCCGAGAAGGUCUGCGGGUGCUCGUAGUGGCGAAGAAGUCUCUCGCAGAGGAGCAGUAUCAAGACUUUGAAGCCCGCUAUGUCCAGGCCAAGCUGAGUGUGCACGACCGCUCGCUCAAAGUGGCCACUGUGAUCGAGAGCCUGGAGAUGGAGAUGGAGCUGCUGUGUCUGACGGGGGUGGAGGACCAGCUGCAGGCGGACGUGAGGCCCACCCUGGAGACGCUGAGGAAUGCCGGCAUCAAGGUUUGGAUGCUGACGGGGGACAAGCUGGAGACAGCUACAUGCACAGCGAAGAAUGCACAUCUGGUGACCAGAAACCAGGACAUCCACGUUUUUCGGCUGGUGACCAACCGCAGUGAGGCCCACCUCGAGCUGAAUGCUUUCCGCAGGAAACAUGACUGUGCCCUGGUCAUCUCUGGAGACUCCCUGGAGGUUUGCCUCAAGUACUAUGAGUACGAGUUCAUGGAGCUGGCCUGCCAGUGCCCAGCUGUGGUCUGCUGCCGCUGCACCCCCACCCAGAAGGCCCAGAUCGUGCGCCUGCUCCAGGAACGGACCGGGAAGCUCACCUGUGCAGUGGGUGAUGGAGGCAAUGACGUCAGCAUGAUUCAGGAAUCUGACUGCGGCGUGGGGGUCGAGGGGAAGGAAGGCAAACAGGCUUCCCUGGCUGCAGACUUCUCCAUCACCCAGUUCAAGCACCUGGGCCGGUUGCUCAUGGUUCACGGUCGGAACAGCUACAAGCGCUCAGCCGCCCUCAGCCAGUUCGUGAUCCACAGGAGCCUCUGUAUCAGCACCAUGCAGGCUGUCUUUUCCUCCGUGUUUUACUUUGCCUCCGUUCCUCUCUAUCAAGGAUUCCUCAUCAUUGGGUACUCCACCAUUUACACCAUGUUUCCUGUGUUUUCUCUGGUCCUGGACAAAGAUGUCAAGUCGGAAGUUGCCAUGCUGUAUCCUGAGCUCUACAAGGAUCUCCUCAAGGGAAGACCGUUGUCCUACAAGACCUUCUUAAUAUGGGUUUUGAUUAGCAUCUAUCAAGGUAAGGAAAGCAAGACCACCUGUUGUCUCGUGCUAAGGGUCAGCUUUUCUGUUGUCCAUAGAACAUGAAGAGAAGAAGCUGGAACCCUGAAAUUUGGUUAAGGAGCGGGACAGUACGCCCCAAGGGAGGCCCUGCUCGGCGUGUUCUAAGGACUGGAACAUUCAGCUCGGUGAUAGAUCUGUGAGGUGGUGCCAUCUGCCUCAUGAGAUAAAGUCUGAGAAGAAGAUAAGGGAGGGGCGCCUGGGUGGCUCAGUCAGUUAAGCGGCUGCCUUCGGCUCAGG